AUGGACUCUAAGAAGGCAUUGGCAGUGGUCAAUCGAGUGGGAACCAUGAAGGCGGUCCGUGUCUGUUUUCUCCGAAAUGGGGAUCCAUUCUUCCGAGGCGUCAUGCUCUCUGUGUCCCCAUGCAAAUACAGAGAUUUUGGCAUACUCUUGGAGGACGUUACCCGCGUCCUGCACUCACAUGUCGUGCUCCGAUCGGGCAUCGAACACAUAUGGCGCACUAAUGGCACUCCGAUUACCUUUCUGGAUUCCUUUUUGGAUGGGGACAUCGUCGUCUGCUGCUGCCGGUACGAGAGGUUCAUCGAAAUGGACUACUCUGUCCUUCCCGACUCCGUUGCGAUCUACAUUGAUGAACGCUUCAGGUUAGUGAAUAGCCAAACGACCGCUAUCUGCUUGGCUAAGCCCAAGACGAAGGAAGUCCGGAGAUGCAUUGUCAAGGUGGUGAACGAGAAGUACAUGCUCAAUCAUGAUGCCAAGUACAAAGAAGUGGAGAUCAUGCGCAAGCUGCAGACCCAUCCGAACGUCGUUGAUCUAAUUUUCACCGUUCACAGGCCGGGGUACCCGUACACAUUUUUUGUGAUCGAGUGCAUGGCCUGCAGUGUGCAAGAUAUGAGGACUCGCCAAGGCAGGAUUCCCGAGCCCACAGUCCACAGGGUCAUGAGAGACGUCGCCUGUGGCCUGACCUACAUACACGCCAAUGGAAUCAUCCAUCGCGACAUAAAACCCGAUAACCUGCUCCUAAGUUUCGCUGCCGGUGUUUUAGUUGCUAAGAUCGCAGAUUUUGGAGCGGCUACCUAUUUCGAGGACGGAGCGAUGAAGGGCUUUGUCGGAACUGCAAGGUACAUAGCUCCCGAGAUGAUUCUUGGCUGUAAAUACGACUACCAGGUGGAUACCUGGUCCUUUGGUGUCACUCUCUUUUGUAUGUUGUUCAUUCAGCACCCCUUCGGCAAGGGCUACACGGAUAUUCGUGAUAUCUGCAACGAUGCUGUGAUUAGUGAGUACCAGUUUCCUUCGGAUCUCAAGGACUGUAUCAGCGAGGAUGCCAAGAGUAUGAUCGACGCGCUGCUGGUAAAGGAUCCAAUCUUGCGACUCACUUCUGCUGAGAUUUCCCAGCACCCCUUUAUGCUCAGUGGCAGCAUAACAGAUUCUGAAAGAUAA